AUGGCGGAAGUGGCUGUGUCAUUAGUUAUUGACCAACUACUACCGCUCUUAAGGGAAGAAGUCAACCUGUUUAGAGGUAUUCACAAGGAGUUUGCUGAUAUUAAAGAUGAACUUGAAAGUAUUCAAGUGUUCCUUAAGGAUGCUGAUAAAAAAUCUGCAACAACUGAAGGAGUCAAAACAUGGGUGAAGCAAGUUAGAGAAGCAGCUUUUCGCAUUGAAGAUAUCAUUGAUGAGUAUAUGAUUCAGGUGGGACAGCAGCCUCGUGUUCCUGGCUUUCGAUCUUUAAUCCAUAAACUCAAGACUAUUCUCUCUCGGCGUCGAAUAGUGUCUGAGAUUCAAGACAUUAAGUCAUAUGUUCAAGGGAUCAAGGAAAGAAGUGAAAGAUAUGGCUUCCAACGUUCUCUUGAACAUGGACCAAGCAAUUCUACGGAGAUCCGGAAUUCUAAAUGGCAUCACCCUCGAUUGGCUGCUCUUUACAUGGAAGAAUCUGAAGUUCUGGGCUUUGAAGAGCCAAGGAAAAGAUUGGUUGAUUGGAUGGUAAAGGGAAGGGAUGAGCGCACUGUAGUUUCUGUGGUAGGAAUGGGAGGGCAAGGAAAAACCACUCUUGCUAAGAAUGUUUUUGACAGCAAGGAUCUAGUCCGCCACUUCGAUUCUCGUGUUUGGAUCACAGUCUCUCAAUCAUAUAAUGUUGAAGACUUGUUGAGGGAGAUGCUGAUAAAGUUCUCCAAAGAAAAAGGAGACGCAAAAGAGGUACAUUGUGGUGUUUGA